AGGCAAGGUCUUGUCUAUUUGCAUAUCACAAUGUCACUGGCUGGAUUCUCUACCCUUCACUCCUCUCCCACCCCGGGAUUUGGAAGAAGGGGUGGGGCAGGCAGAUCCUUCUCUUCUAGGAAGAUAGCUGGAUGCCCACACAGGGAGCUGCUGGCCACCAUCCCACUUCCAUGAUGUGGGAGAGAAGUCCCUCAGGGUGUCGCUGAGGGGACAAACUGAGGACGACCGAGGUCCUGGCUAGGGAACAUGCGUCCUUUGAUCCUGACUUAGAAUAAUGCAGUAGCAGCUUUGAAAUAGACAGACCUGAGAUCUAAUCUCCCCCAUUUGUUAAGCCUGUGACUUUGGGCAAGCCACUUCUCCCUGCUCCCAGAUGUCUCAACUGUAGAACAGGGAGUCAGUCCCCCUAGCUGGCAGGCUCCAUAGGAGGAUUAUGUGGGAUGACCUACAACAUAAUUGGACAUUAGGAGGUGCUCCUAAAUGUAAGUCUCCUCCUCGACACCCCAGGUUCUGGCCAGAGUCCCCAUGGGUGAAAAGGGGGAUUAAUUUAAAUGUAAAAUCCAGGGUCCCCAGUAAAAUUUUGUAAAGGCAUCUCUAUCUCUUGUUCCCCAUGCACACCUUUCCUAACUUUGCCCUUCCUCAAGGUAUGGGGACAGGGGUCUCUCCCUGAUGGCUGUUGCCUUCCCUUCCCCCUGCCCCAUUUGUCCCAAUUUUCUCAUCCUUCCAGUUAAAAAUACCACUUCCUCCAUGAAGCUGUCUCUCUGUCUUCCCUCCCUUGCCUUCUCUGUGCUCCCACUGCACUCCAUGCAUUGGGCAACUAUGCCAGUUAUGCAUUUUACUGACAACCAUCUCCUCUUGGGUCUCUUUUCCCUGCUCCUGGAAGGCCAAGCGUUUGUCUGUAGGGCCCGGAAGACUGAAGGUGCUGGGGACAGUUUUAUGGAGUGUUGCUGAGUUCAUCUUUCUGGGGGCCGUGGGCAGCCCCUUGGUCAUGGACCCUACCAGCAUCUGCAGGAAGGCACGGCGGCUAGCAGGGCGGCAGGCUGAGCUGUGCCAGGCCGAGCCAGAAGUUGUGGCCGAGCUAGCGCGGGGCGCCCGGCUAGGGGUUCGAGAAUGCCAGUUCCAGUUCCGCUUCCGCCGCUGGAACUGCUCCAGCCACAGCAAGGCCUUUGGGCGCAUCCUGCAGCAGGACAUCCGGGAGACGGCCUUCGUGUUUGCCAUAACGGCCGCGGGCGCCAGCCACGCCGUCACGCAGGCCUGCUCCAUGGGCGAGCUGCUGCAGUGUGGCUGCCAGGCGCCCCGCGGCCGGGCCCUGCCCCGUCCCCCCGGCCUGCCAGGUACCCCUGGGCCCCCGGGCCCCGCGGGCUCCCCCGACGGCAGCGCCGCCUGGGAGUGGGGAGGCUGCGGCGACGACGUGGACUUCGGGGAUGAGAAGUCGAGGCUCUUUAUGGACGCGCAGCACAAGCGGGGACGCGGAGACAUCCGUGCGUUGGUGCAACUUCACAACAACGAGGCGGGCCGGCUGGCCGUGCGGAGCCACACGCGGACCGAAUGCAAGUGCCAUGGCCUGUCGGGCUCAUGCGCGCUGCGCACCUGCUGGCAGAAGUUGCCCCCGUUCCGCGAGGUGGGCGCGCGGCUGCUCGAGCGCUUCCACGGCGCCUCGCGUGUCAUGGGCACCAACGAUGGCAAGGCUCUGCUGCCCGCUGUCCGCACGCUCAAGCCGCCUGGCCGCGCUGACCUACUAUACGCCGCCGACUCGCCCGACUUCUGCGCCCCCAACCGGCGCACCGGUUCGCCGGGCACGCGCGGCCGCGCCUGCAACAGCAGUGCCCCGGACCUCAGUGGCUGCGACCUGCUGUGCUGCGGCCGCGGCCACCGCCAGGAGAGCGUGCAGCUCGAGGAGAACUGUCUGUGCCGCUUCCACUGGUGCUGCGUAGUGCAGUGCCACCGCUGCCGCGUGCGCAAGGAACUCAGCCUCUGCCUCUGACCCAUCGCCCGGCUCCCCAGACUGCGCGCAGAGCCGCCUCUCGGCACCUGCGGGACCUCUGGGCGCCAGCAGGGGGCGUUGCCAGGUUUCCCCUGGGAAAGUCCAUCUCCCAGGCCUCUCUAGAAACUGUGAGGCGGUGGGGCUUGAGAUAUACGCCCGCUCAUCAAGGCCCAGGGCACCGGAGGAGCCUCCAAGGGGCGCUUCCCGGGGGCUUCUGGGGGAGACCUCUCUCCUCGGCCCCCAGAUAGAAACCAAAGAGCCAGUUUCUAGGCCUCGGGAUGCGGGGCUCCUCAGAACUGCUGGCCAUGGGGUGGGUGGGUGCAUUUAGUAUCAAUAAAAAUAUUUAAA